CAUCGAUGAGCCUCUCCGACGAACUUUCUCCGAUCUCCUCCGACGAGCUUUCUCGGUACCUCAAGCACAGGAGAAACCCACGAGCAGUCUCUCGCCUCUCCCUCAAGCUCGGACGCUUCCCCUCCACCUUCCUCUGCGACGGCUUUCUCCGAGCUUACGCAUCCCUCUCCAUGCCCGCCUACGCACGCGAUCUGUUCGACGAAAUGCCUCAGCCAAAUGUAACCGUGGCUUCGCUGAAGGAACUCCUGGCCGGAAGGGUGGUCCAUGGCUACGACGGCCAGCUUCCUCUCGCCAGCCACCUCGGAACCGUGAUCGCGGGCUGCUCUCGCGCCAGGGACUUGAGAUCUGGGCAGCAAACGCACUGCGCCGCGGUCAAGCUCGGCGUCGAGAGAGACCGUUUCGUGUCGAGCACGCUGAUCGCCAUGUACGGCAAGUGCGGGAAGCUUAACGAAUCAUUCAGCACCUUCCUCCAAACUCCCCAAAAGGACACAGUCAUCUGCACCUCCAUCAUCACCUCUCUGGCUACCAGUCGCGGCGAUCAGACGCGAGAAGCUGCCCUUACAGUCUUCAGGGACAUGAUCGGCGAUCGAAUCUGGCCGGUCGACAGAACAUUCGUCAGUCUGAUCAAGCUUUUCGACGCACCCGAAAGGCUCCGCCAAGGCAAGCAAGUUCACGGAUGCGUUCUGAAGCUCGGCGUCCAGGUCGACGAUCAACUGGGCAGCGCUCUGAUAUCGAUGUACGGAAGGUGCGGCAGCGUCGGCGAAGCAGUAAGGCUCUCCGCCAGGGUGAACAUGGAUGCGGUUUCAUGGACGUCGCUGCUCGUCGCCUACACCCAAAAUGGCUACGAUCUCCGCGCGAUAGAUCUCUUCAGAAGCAUGAUCGGAAGCAAUGUGGUCGUCGACCGCUUCAUGGUUGCGAGCGCCAUUGGAGCUUGUUCAGGCAUGGAAAAACUCAGAUUGGGAGAGGAGAUUCAUGGCUAUGCUCUGAGACAGGGAUUCUUAGCAGAUGUAUCAGUUUGCAAUGCCUUGAUCACACUUUAUGGAAGGUGCAAUCUUAUCGAAAAGGCUGAGAGAUUGUUCAAGAUGUUGAGGGUGAAAGAUAUGAUCUCUUGGACUGCAUUGCUGACUUGUUAUGGUCAGAACGGAUGUGGAGAAGAAGCAAUAGUCUUGUUUAGGGAGAUGCUCCGGCGAGGAAUCGGUCCUGCUAAGUAUUGCAUUUCGGGCGCAAUUCGAGCAUCGUCGACGAUAGCGAGUCUUGCUGCUGGCGAACAGUUGCAUUGCCGGGCUAUGAAGACAGGGAAUGGCGACGAUCUCUCAGUCCAUAACUCUCUUAUAGCGAUGUAUGCUAAGUGUGGGUGUGUAGAACUCGCACGGAGAGUGUUUGAGUUGAUGAAUUGUAGAGAUGUUGUCUCUUGGAACGCCAUGAUCACAGGGUUUUCGCAACAUGGUCGUGAAGGAGAAGCUCUAGAAUUGUUUGACAAGAUGUCGAAAGAAGGCAUUCGACCAGAUGACUACACUUUUGUUGGUGUCCUGGUGUCUUGCAGUCGGUUGGGUCUGGUAGCUCAUGGAUGCAGCUACUUCGGUGCGAUGAGUGCGGAACAUGGGCUCGAGCCGAAGAUGGAGCAUUAUGCUUGCAUGGUUGAUCUGUUCGGUCGCGCUGGAAAGCUUCAGGAUGCCAUGGAGUUGAUAAACGCAAUGCCGUUCGAGCCUGACCAACUCGUUUGGGAAGCUCUGCUUGCAUCGUGCAAGAUCCAUGGAAAUGUCGAUCUUGUGAAAUCAGUGGCGCAAAGGAUCAUGGAAAUGAGACCAGAAGACCCUUCGCCUUACAUCGCGUUAUCUACGAUGUACGCUUCGACGAGUAUGUGGGAAAGAAAGGCUUUUGUUCAAGCUAUGAUGAAGGAUGCAAGGGUCAGGAAAGACCCAGGGAAGAGUUGGAUCGAAAGCCAGCAAGUAUCAGACCACAGUCACCAUUCAGUUUAUUCGUUGCAAAUGGUAGGAAUUUAACAAAAGAUCAAAAAAUUUAUUUAUUA